UUAGCGCCUCCGAAAGAUAGAAAAAGAUGGCAACCAAACUCAAGAAUGUUCUUUGCCUUCAUGUGCUUUUGGUGUGUGACUUCCAUGGAUUCUUUACGUAUCAACCCUAGCGUCGCCAUUACGGCGAUGGCUGUAUCCAAUCACACAAAAGAAAAUGCAUCACGUGGUCCAAACAACUCUACGCAUGCGUGUAUCAAUGAUGGAAUCACAGAAGAUGCUGAUGAUACGGAUAUCAAGCCUGAAUUUUCUUGGAGCAGUCGAACACAAGAGCUUCUUCUCUCCGCAUUCUUCAUCGGACUACCCAUAACCCAACUCCCAGGCGGCUGGCUCGCCGAUAGAGUAGGCGGGAAAUGGGUAGUCAUGAUUGGAGGUGUAGUGACGGCUGCAAUGAACAUGCUAGUUCCUGUAGCAGCAAGGACAGGAGCUGGGUAUUUCUUUGGGGUGAGGCUGUUGGCUGGACUAGCUGAGGGCACUGUUGUUCCUGCUAUGUUCACGUUACUCGGGAAAUGGUCAACAGUUGAUACCAACACAAGAAUAUCAUCGUUCGCUCUAGCUGGUGCUCCAUUCGGAAUGGCUGUAGGUCAGACUCUAUCUGGUUUGAUAUGCUCAACUCCCUGGCUUGGAUGGCCUUUCUCAUUCUAUAUCUUAGGUUCAAACGCCCUUGUUUGGGCAAUGUGUUGGGGACUCUUCAUCAAAGAAAAACCUGAUGAAGAUACACCGGCUUCGAGUGAAGAUGUAUCUCACAAUGAUGACAUACAACAAAAACAGGAAAAUAAUUCGAAGAAGAAAUCCUACCCAAUAUUCAAAGUUCUGACGUCACUUCCUGUGUAUGCCUUGAUCAUCCUGCGAUUUUCAAUCCACGGUUGGGUUGUGGGAACUCUUCUCACCAACCUUCCUAUCUUCAUGAAGUACAUCCUAGGAUUCAAAGUGAGAGAGGUUGGACUUCUAGCCUCUGUUCCCUACAUCUGCCAAAUGAUUACGUGUAUAAUUACGUCACAGAUAUCAGACUUUCUCAUUGGUCGAGGCACCAGUGUGACGAAGGUUCGAAAGACAUCAGCAAGCAUUGGUGCCAUAAUGAUAGCUGGGUCACUUAUACCGGUUGCUUUUCUCGUAUGUAACCGGUAUUUCGGCAUGGCACUGGUGAUCAUCGCAACCAUAGGAACCGGUGUGGCGUAUCCGUCGGUUUUCUCGAAUACAGUUGAUUUGGCGCCCCGGUCAACGGGUACUCUAUAUGGAAUAUCAAAUACCAUUGGGAUAUCCGCGAGUUUUAUAUCUCCGAUGAUAACUGGAAUACUAAUUGUCGACCAGUAUGAUCCUGUAAGCUGGAGGUAUGUGUUCUACAUCGCUUCAGCAAUCACAGCUUUUUCCGCUAUUUUCUUCCAUACGUUUGGAUCGGGAGAAGAUCAGAAAUGGGUCAAAGACGACGAGACAGAGGAUGUCGAGAAUGCCAAGGAAAUUGAACUUUAUUCGAACCAUGGUUAUGACAAUGGGCAAGAUUUUGAAAUAUGA